GGUUACGAGGGUGCUAGGGGUCUGCAAGGUAUAAGUGGACAUAAAGGAGUAAAGGGUCAUUCUGGUCUGCCUGGACCGAAAGGACCUCGAGGAGAUACUGAAGAAGCUGUCGUGGGAGACAAGGGUGAAUCAGGAUGGCGUGGCUAUCCAGGAGAUGAAGUAAGUUUGAGCUAA